AUGCCUGUCACUAGAAGAGCCAGUUCCCGACACCAGGUCAACGGCGUCAAGGUGGAAGAACACGAUACCGAACAAGAUGUACCCGCAUCGCCAGCGAACGAAACCACAACCGAUAAUGUCGAGGCAAAUACGAAGAAGACGGCUCGGGGCGGACUGAGCGCAUUCGAGCGCCGAAGACUGGAAAACAUCGCCGCGAACCAGGCCCUUCUCAAAGAUCUUUCGGUAACCGCGAGCAAGAUACUACCCCGAGCCAAGGCCACACCUUCAGCUGCUUCGUCCGGGCGAACGCCUCGGUCUGCUGCGGCGUCGCGGAAACGUGAGGCGCCCGUUAAGCGCGAGUCCCCCAUGCCCACGCGACGCAGCUCCCGCGUGGCCGGUCUUCAGGCCGAUCUCGACGAUGGGAAGCGCAAGCUCGACCAGGCUGUCGCGGUGGCGUCACCAUCGGACAGGACGAAGAAGAUGCGCAUUUCGGGGGACCUGAACUUGGGAGACACUCUCGUCGAGGGGAAGAAGUGGAGUUCCGGGAUGGAUGGGCUGCAGGGGCUCAAAGGUCUGUCGCAUGGUGCCCAGCCCGGUCUUCGCACCUUUACCGAUGACGAUGUCAAAAAUACCACGGAUGGGGAUUUGAAGGCCUUGAGGUUACGUAUGAAUGGCCUCACGUUGUAUGAGAAAUGGGUUCCAAAUGAUAUCAAGAUCACUCCGCAACGGGUGUACUCACUAGCUUUCCACCCGACCCAAGAUAAGCCCGUCAUUUUCGCCGGCGACAAAGAAGGCGCGGUCGGAGUCUUCGAUGCUUCCCAGGAGGGCCCCGAACCUCCCGCCGAUGAAGACGAGGACUGGGACCCCCCCAACCCGGUAAUAGGGGCCUUCAAGCUCCACACCAAGACAGCGACAUCCUUCGUCUUCUCCCCCGCGGACGCGAAUGCCGUGUUCACCUCUUCCUACGAUUCGACGAUCCGCAAACUGGACCUGGACAAAGGCGUCUCGGUGCAAAUCUUCGCCCCCGCAGACUUGAAUGAGGACAUGUCAAUGUCAGCGAUGGAUAUGCCGACCAAUGACCCGAACAUCCUCUUCUUCUCGACCCUGGAUGGCUGUAUCGGGAAACAUGACAUCCGCACCCCGUCCAGCGAGCACGAAGUGUGGUCCCUCUGCGACAACAAAAUCGGGGGGUUCUCCCUCCACCCCGCUCAUCCGCACCUUGUGGCCACGGCGUCGCUGGAUCGGACGCUGAAGAUCUGGGAUUUGAGGAAGAUGAGCGGCAGGGAAGGAUCGCGCCACCCCGCGCUUCUCGGCGAGCAUAGAUCCCGCUUGUCGGUGUCGCACGCGGCAUGGAGCGGGGCGGGGCACGUGGCGACGUCGUCGUACGACGACACCAUCAAGAUCUACGAUUUUGGGAGCCGGGCCGGGGGAUGGAGCCCGGGACACGAAAUCGACGAGGACGAGAUGGAGCCGGCGCACGUGGUGCGGCAUAAUAACCAGACCGGCCGCUGGGUGACGAUUCUCAAGCCUAAGUGGCAGAUGCGACCCCGCGACGGAAUCCAGAAGUUCGUCAUCGGAAAUAUGAACCGGUUCGUGGAUGUCUUCGCCGCAGAUGGGGAGCAGCUGGCGCAGCUGGACGGAGAUGGCAUCACAGCCGUCCCUGCGGUGGCGCAAUUCCACCCGACCAUGGAUUGGGUGGCUGGAGGAAAUAACUCUGGCAAGCUUACACUGUGGAUGUAA